AUGGAUUCAGCGUUGGGAAGUAGUUUAUUCUUUAUAAUGUAUUUUGAUAUGAUGGUUUUGACUACAUUAUCAUGUUUAAAGAAGCGGACCGAAAUUACGAUAAAGAAGAUUGAUCAACCUCCUACACGUACGAGUGCCCUAUUACAACCGAAAGCAAUCGAACUCAAUCAGAAAGAGAAGUUGAUAAAAGGCGGCCUGAAAACGGGAAAAUAUGCUUAUCCCACCUUCGACGAUAUAAAGAGUGAUUGGAGUGAUAAGGAGCAGAAAACUGGAGGCCAUAAAAAAUCUGUACGCUUCGUUUUUGUGCUCACAUAUGAUCCACCGAAACCCUUAGCCUUCUCAAAUCGAACCGCGCUCUAA